UCUUGAUACAUUAGUGGUGAGAUACAACACAUUGGCUUAGAGAACGUACGAUUAGUGUGCUAAGCAGAAUGACAAAGGUGCCCACUGUUUCCAGCAUUAAGGGUGCAAAGAUGGUGGUGUUGGUGGCAGCGGCUGUGGUUUUGGCGGUGUACUGGUUAGCUGGUGACAUACGCCAGCUUGUGGACAAAAGUGUUGGCGAGGUCCGUGGUGUAAUAGCGGGGGGUGGGGGUGUCUUCGGGGACGGUCAGGGUGCUGAAAUGGUCAAAGAAGUCGCUGAAGUGCAAGGUUUGGAACAUACGUCCAGUGACAGAUAUCCUGGCCCAGUGAGUGGAAUUAGUCAACUCAACAAACGGGACCAGAAUCGUGCCGGCAAGGAGAAGGCCGCCAUGGUCCUCGUGAUCGUGUCUCUAGAGGACGCCCGGUUGGCCCUAGAAACCAUCCAGCACUACCAGGAACGGUUUAACAACAAGUUCAAUUAUGACUGGGUUCUUGUGGCAAUAGGCAGUGUGCUCUCCGAUCGGCUGCAAGACUUCGCCGCCGUGGCAGGCAACGUGCGGUUAAUUGAGCUACGUGGCGGCCGUCUUCAAACAAGUCCUAGUGCCAACAAUGUCAAAAACAAAGGUGAGAGGGUCGAACAAUACCCAGCCAAAUUCAAGACAAGAAGCAAUAUUCGCCAAAAGAAGUUGGCCCGGAUGAUGCUUGGGCCUAUAUUUGAGGUGGGAGACUUGUGGGAUGAUUACGACUUCUACUGGAAGGUACCAGUGGGAUCUUCGCUUGGGUGCGACGUGAACUAUGACGUUUUUGAGUUUAUGAGACAAAACCAAAUUGCCUACGGCUGGCUGUUGAUACACCAAGACUACCAGGGAACACAGCCCGAGUUGAUAUCGGAGUUCCAAAGUUUCGUUGAUGCCAGUGGUGGUGCGGUGAACCCAGAAAAUCUCCAGUUCAUGUUGGAUGAGACAAAAGAUAGCACCAAAGACUGGCAUUACAAGGGCUGCUCGUUCCAUCCCGAGUUCGAGAUCGUGGAUUUGAACUUUUUCAGAACCUCCGAGUACCAGAAGAUGAGGGAAUUCAUAGAGGAUAAGGGACUACUCUUUUACCGGGGUUGGAGAGAUCCUGCUAUUAGGACGUUGCUCACGUCCACCUUGCUCCAUUCGCAGCAGAUCCACUUUUUCGACGACUUGGCGGUAGAGCACCCGCUGUAUGGUCUCUCCAACUGCCCAGCUGAUGAGAACGUGUACUUGAGCAACCGGUGUUCGUGUGAUCCUUUCAAGAAGUCGGAGAGGUUUGUGAGCGCAAACUUGAGGAAAGACUACGAUACAAUGCACAAUCACGAGUGUGUGACCCACUGGUACCGCAGUCGCGGUGAGAGUAACAUGCUCGAUCCUGACCGGGCCCAGGCCCCAGCCGAGCCCAGUGUUGAUGGACCCACAUUCGAAGAUCUCUUCUCUUGAGGGUGACGGGUGUAGAUUUUGCAGCAUUUUGUCGCGACUUCUCAUCAAAAUUCAAUGAAAAUUUUUUAACGUAUACAUAGCCAAUCCACAAAUGUCGAACCAA